AUGUGCGACAGACCCGGUUGUAGUUGCUCACCUGUCACUGCAAAUCCGACCCCAUGGGUCGGGUGCCCAUUGCCUCGGUCUGAGAAAAAUGACGUACACCUGCACGGAGCCGUGAUCACACGGAACUCCGUGAUUGGUCGAACAUGGCGACGCGUACAGGCUAACGACCGGGAACGUUCACGUAUGGCCCAGUUGAAUGAUGCUCUGCGACAACUACGAGCUGCGCUGCCACCAACCUAUCGUCGAGGCUUCCACUCUCGGAUGAGUAAGAUUGAAACAUUGCGGGUAAGUGCGUACGCAUGGGCGAGACUUGAACGAGUAUAUUUAGUUUGUUCUCCAGUUCAACAAAUCCGGAGGGAACAAAGACAUCGGUUGGGAAAUACCAUCUAUCAGUUUAUUCCUAGUAUGGGGAAUUGUAGGCAAACAAUAUUCUCAAAAUGA